CCAUGGGAGAUGCCUCCUCCCAAUCACAGACCACUGCUCCUGGUCCAGGAGGCUCAAAGAAUUGGUGCUGGGUAGAAAAGCACGUCAGGCCAGAACAGCUUGCAGAGGAGGGCCGGCACAGCACAAGAAGGAGGAGAAGGAAGAGAGGUCAAGCUUGUGCCAAAUCCUGACAAUGGCGAAAGAUGACUCCACUGUUCGUUGCUUCCAGGGCCUGCUGAUUUUUGGAAAUGUGAUUGUUGGUAUGUGCGGCAUCGCCCUGACCGCAGAGUGCAUCUUCUUCGUAUCUGACCAGCACAGCCUCUACCCACUGCUUGAAGCCACCGACAACGAUGACAUCUACGGGGCAGCCUGGAUUGGCAUGUUUGUCGGCAUCUGCCUCUUCUGUCUGUCCGUUCUAGGCAUUGUAGGCAUCAUGAAGUCCAACAGGAAAAUUCUUCUGGCGUAUUUCAUUCUGAUGUUUAUAGUAUAUGGCUUUGAAGUGGCGUCUUGUAUCACAGCAGCGACACAACGAGACUUCUUCACGCCCAACCUCUUCCUGAAGCAGAUGCUGGAGAGGUACCAAAACAAUAGCCCUCCAAACAAUGAUGACCGAUGGAAAAAUAAUGGAGUCACCAAGACUUGGGACAGACUCAUGCUCCAGGACCACUGCUGUGGUGUCAAUGGCCCGUCAGACUGGCAGAGAUACACAUCUGCCUUCCGGACUGCGAAUAAUGAUGCCGACUAUCCCUGGCCUCGUCAGUGCUGUGUGAUGAACAGUCUGAAAGAACCUCUCAAUGUGGAGGCCUGCAAGCUAGGAGUGCCCGGGUACUAUCACAAAGAGGGGUGCUAUGAACUCAUCUCUGGACCCAUGAACCGACACGCCUGGGGGGUUGCCUGGUUUGGAUUUGCCAUUCUCUGCUGGACAUUUUGGGUUCUCCUGGGUACCAUGUUCUACUGGAGCAGAAUUGAAUAUUAAGAACAAAGUGUCACCACCACACUACCUUCCUCCAGUGACUCUGGGCCCAGUGCUGCAAGCGAGCUCUCCUGGUAGAAUUGACGUCUGCGCUCUGCGGGGGCCCUGUGCCUCUUACUCGAACUGGCGAGGUAGAGUUGUACCCCUGGGCUUGCAGCAUCUCAAAAUUCUCACUAGGGUUUUCAGUCUGGUCUAGGGUACUGCAACAUUUUUAUAACCAGUAGGAAAGGGAGACUUUGGAAAGUCAAUAACUACUUCUUCUAUCCCUGCCUAUUUUUAAUUUGAGGGCAAAAAGACUUCCACAAGAACCUGUGUUAUCUCAGCAAGCCAAGUCUGUAUUUGCACAGCAAGGUUGCGUGCAUUUCUCCCUGCUUUCUGAAAGAGACUUGCAAAGGCUUUCAUUCGUCUCAGUCUUGCCCACAUGAGAGAAUUAAGGAAAAAAUUGCUGAGAGAGAUCUUUGGCCUUUGUUCUAUGGUGGCUUCCAUCUACACAGAUUCAAGUGAUUCCCUUACUGCCAUCUUAGAACCAUUUUGUUCUUCAGAACAACACCCAACCUUGAGUUAAUAGUGGUUGAAACUUCCUCUCAGACAUGGCAGGGUGACCCGUGUGUUUUAAGCUCCCUUCUCCCAUUAAUUCCUUUUACUCUCAAAAUAUUUCUCUCUGAAUUAUGUUUCUGUUUGUGGUCCUGAAAGAAAUUCUUACAAUUCAAUAUUUGUCUAGUCUUAUAAAUAAAGAUGGCUUUUAAAUAUG